CACGUUUGAACGACGGCCAUUGAUGGGUGUUCGGCAAAUUGGUCGAGUCCAUUGACGAAAGUGACUCACACAUCAACACAACCGUCUGCAUCACACAUGACAACACAGGCACGAGGGGAAAGGGUCAAUGUCACGUGUGUAGCUAUCGCCGGGAUGCUUCUCCAAGAGAGAAGAGAGAGAAAGUUAUCCUAUCACUGCUCUGAUGGACAGAAAAACGUGUCGCUCCCAUACACAUACAACACACAAUACAUGAAGCCGCCACUGUACAGUGAGUGACAAUCGCCCUCGCCCAACAGCUGAAUGUCCUGCCCUCCCCUCCCCUCCCUCCUCCCUUCCCAUGCCCUCCCCCUCAUGUAGACCCCCUCUUGCCCAGGUCCCCGUGUGUCUUGGAACGCGCUGUUUUCCCCUCGCGCAUCGACGCCGCCAGCCCAUUGCCAUUCCCAUGUUCCCCCUUGGGUGUCUUAGGCCGUGGGGCGCCCGAGUCCCGUCUCAGCGACUCUCUGCGUGAGAAGGAGGUGGUGAGGCUCUUGCUUGGCUUGGCGGUGGGGAGGAGCAGGGAUGAGGGGGGCGAGACGGAGAAUGAGGGGCUGUAGCCGUAGCUGGUUGACCACUUGCCGUAUCCCUUGGUGGCCGGUGCGUGGCUGGAGAUGGCCGUGUUGUACUUUGGGUUGCAGUAGGACGAUGUCGUCUGCGUGCGCGGGUCCGCAUCGCCGCUGAAGCACUCGGGAUGAUAAAACAACCUGCACGAGCAGACAGACAGACGUCGGUGUCGGUGUCCCGUGCAAUGUGUGUCUCUCAUUACCUGAUCUUCCUGCCGUCUCUGACAAUCAUGGUCUCCCCCUUCAUAAUGUAGCCGCGGCACUCCCGGCACAUGUGUCCGUUGCGCACGGCCACACCGGUGCUGACGGUCCAGUAGUCGCCCUCCAUCGGCCAACCAACACCAAACAGAGCAAAAGAGCACCGCCGGAAGCCUCAAAUGUGCCACUGGUGGGCUGUUGCUUCGCGUGAGGCAGAGAGAAUUGGGGCCCGCUGUGGGACGGUCAGCCGUCAAUUGUGUCACCUGUUUUCGCUACGAGACCGUUCACCGAGCUGAUGUGAGUGUCCCAGAGCGAAAAGAGAGACCCCGGCAUUGAGAAUUUUUGGCUUUGUG